CGGAGCAGGAGCCAACAUGGCGGCGGAGCGCAAGACGAAGUUGUCCAAGAACCUGCUGCGCAUGAAGUUCAUGCAAAGGGGACUGGACUCAGAGACCAAGAGACAACUAGAAGAGGAAGAAAAGAAAAUCAUUAGUGAAGAGCACUGGUAUUUGGAUUUGCCAGAGCUUAAAGAAAAGGAGUGUUUCAUAAUAGAAGAGCAGAGCUUCUUGUUAUGUGAAGACCUUCUCUAUGGAAGAAUGUCAUUCAGAGGAUUUAAUCCUGAGGUUGAGAAAUUAAUGCUUCAGAUGAACUCCAGGAACAAAACAGAGGAAGUUGAAGGUGAAACAGUGGAGCUCGAUGUAUCAGAUGAAGAAAUGGCUAGAAGAUAUGAAACCUUGGUGGGGACAAUUGGAAAAAAGUUUGCCAAAAAAAGAGACCGGGUCAACUAUGAAGAAGAUGAAAAUGGACAUGUAAAACCAACAGUUAAAGUAAAGAAGAUGUUCUUAAAGCCCCAGGAUUGAAGUGGAUGCUUUAAGACAGAGCUCAGGGGUGCCUCAUGAGGGUUAGUAUAUUGUGGAACUCAUUCUGAUGGCUUCUCUGUAGUUAUUCAAACUGUGAUGUUUGAAUGUAAAGAGGUGGAUAAUUUUGGAAACAUGCCAUUUUUGAAACAGAUAUGUGGUGGAUGUUAUACAUCCUUUGCUUCAUGGUGUUCAUCAAGAAUGGAUUUUUAGCCUUCGAGUUUCAAAUGUACAUAGGGAUGUGGCUGCUUCCUAAAGACUUUGUGACUUCAGAUUUUUUUUUAAUGGAGCUCUCUUGUCACUGACCUUGAAUUGGCACGUAUAAAUUAAACCAGUGUUUAAGUUGCCCUUAUGUUUCUAUUUUACUUUAAAUUAUGAAUCAUGCCAAGCCAAUGUAUACAUACAUUCUGGAAUCAAACAUAAUGAGGGUUUAUUAUAUAUAUAGAUUCAUCAAGAGCAAACAUGCCUCUCCAGCCUACAGUA